CGCGGGGUCAGUUCCGCAGGUGUAGCGGCGGCGGCGGGAGCAGCGGUUCCACGUCGCCGGAAAGGAGGAAGGGAGCGGGUAGGGCCAGCGUUGGUGCCCGGCUUCGGGGGCCGUCCCCUCUGCCCCGGCCGCCGCCUCGCCUCGCCUCGCCUCGCCCCUCCUCGCCUCGCCCGGCGGGCUGCGACCAUGUCGGGGCCGAGCCCGGUGGAACCAGACGAGCUGUACGAUUUCCUGUUCAAGCUGGUAUUGGUGGGGGACGCCAGCGUGGGCAAGACGUGUGUCGUGCAGCGGUUCAAGACGGGCGCCUUUUCCGAGCGCCAGGGCAGCACCAUCGGUGUGGACUUCACCAUGAAGACGCUGGAGAUCCAGGGCAAGAGGGUUAAGCUGCAGAUCUGGGACACAGCUGGCCAGGAACGCUUCCGCACCAUUACCCAGAGCUAUUACCGAAGUGCCAAUGGAGCCAUCCUUGCCUAUGACAUUACCAAGAAGGGGUCUUUCCUGUCCAUUCCUUACUGGAUCGAGGAUGUGAGGAAGUAUGCAGGCUCCAACAUAGUCCAGUUGCUGAUUGGGAACAAAUCCGAUCUAAGCGAACUCCGAGAGGUUCAGCUGGAAGACGCUCAGAACCUGGCUGAACACUAUGAAAUCAUCUGUGCCAUCGAGACAUCUGCAAAAGACUCCAGCAAUGUGGAGGAGGCUUUUGUGAAAGUGGCGACAGAGCUCAUGAUGAGGCACGGGGGCCCCGUGUUCAUUGAGAAAAACCCAGUUGGCAUCAAACUCGACAGCAAGGACGUGGUGGAAAGCUGGGGUUGUGGAUGCUGAUUGCGGGUGAGGGGCAGGGAGGGAGGUGCUCACCCAACUGGUUUUUUAGACAAUGCUAAUACUGUAGUUCUCUUCUACCUAAUCCUAAGUAGUGCAAUUGCAGUAUCUUUCCCCUGUGGGACCAGCAAUUUUGUAGCAAUCAGACACCAAGUUGCAAUUAUGGUGGUGAUUUUCCAAUUUAAAAGGACACUGGUUGAGGGGGGAGGGUGGUCAGGUUAAAAAAGACACCACCCCAUUCCCUUGGUGUUCUAUCCAUGAGUAAUCUUUGCAAAGGAAUGGGCAGGGAGCACAGCUCAACCUAGGUUAGUUGGUUUCAUCGUGUUUUGGAGCAAUAAGUGAACAAAAGAUGUGGCUAAAAAGUUGAAUCUUGCGUGUGAUGGCUGAGUAGAGAGCAGUCCUAGCAACAUUUUGGCAGUCCCUGUUCCAAUUUGUCAUAGUCCAGGAGCAACCAGAGAUCCUGAGAGGUUAGCUUAGACAUAGAAAGGGGCUGAUCUCAACAUCUAGUAGGGGGUUGUAUCCCAGAUCUGUGGUGGAAGGGACACCACCAUGGAAGUGAGAAGAUGUAACUGCAUCGCUAAGCAUCACCAGUAUGAAUUCAAGUGAGCCACCUUCUAUCUCAUUUCUGUUAUUGAUAUUCUCAUGCUCAUUCAAAUUAUGGGAUGGGUAAGAACCAGCUUGUUUAGCUCAGCUAGCCACCAGGGAGGGAAGAGUGGUCUGGAUGGCAGUCCAUCGGGAUGACCGUGUUUACACGGUUCUUCUGGGGGUGGUCCCCAUUCCGGGACAUGGAUAAACAUUUUCAACUUCUGGUUGGGUCCUGGGGCAGCCUACCCCUUCUUAUCUGGGGCUGGCCCAGCUAAACCCGAACAUAUUGUCAGCUUAGCAUUUCAGGGCACUUUGUUUUCAAGGGAAUGGCUGCUUCCUAAGGACCCUAGCAAUCACAGAACCAAUCACAGGGCUAGGCAAUCAUGCAUGCUCCAUGAAUUGUUACUCAGUGAUGAGACUGGAAUUAGUGCCAAAUAGAAAAGUCAGUUUUUUAGCAUUUGUGAGCUGUAAAUUAGUGUGAUGUGGCAGCAUGUGCUGUCCCCUGGGCUCUGUGCAGACACACCAUUUUAAGUCUGAAUUUCAUGGCCAGGGAGUUUUAAGUCGCUUACAGAACUCAGCACGAAGCGGGAGACUCCUCUGUGAAUUAAAACAUGGUUCAGUUCUGCUUGGGGAGACGCAGAACUCUUCUGCUUAACUCCCUUCUGUUUCACAUUCUAGUUCCCAAACGACUUCCCAGAUAUCAACUUGCUGCCUUGUUUUGGUCCCUUGAGCUUUUCAGCAACGAAAUAUUUCUUUUACCCUUGAUCCAAAAGGAGUGGCUCGAUCAUUAAAUUUCAUUUUGAAAUUCAAAUCUAGUGUGCUAAGUAUAGAUCUUCAUCCUAGUCUGCCCUGUGUGUUUCUUUUCAUUGAGAAAGCAACAGUGGUCAAAUGUUAAGUUCACAAAUUCUGUCUCCAAAGAGGCCCAAGGCACGUUGCCAUCCUGAGUAAAUUUUUAAAAAGCAUCCCCAUCCAAUCAUCAACACAACACAGAGCUGUUCUGAGUGCAUGCCGUGUGCAGAGUGCCAUGCCUGUUGGUCAAUCCAGUGCCCAGUCAACACUGUUGAAGGAGUGGAUGGGGCAGUGGGGACCGCUGGAUGGUCAGAGUCGGACCAAGAACCUGAGCCCAUUGGGGUGUCCCUGGGGAACUGCCACAGCCUGGCAGAGGGAUCUCACUGAAGGGGCCCGGCGGACCGUAUCCGUCACGUCACCUCACCGCCUCCCACCCACUGUCCUCCCUCCUGCUCCCGAAGCCCCGGCCCUGUGGGCCUCAGCCAUGGGGCACCCAGGUCUGGAGGGCGACAGCACUGCGGCCGAGCCAACGUGCCCAUCUCGACCGUAGGGCUGGACGGGGCCAGGGCCCCUGGGUCUGAUCAGGCUGGAAGGCACCUGCGUGAGGCACUGUGGGCGAGUUUAAGCCCACAUUCAGAGUGUAGAGACCCUUUCAGGUCUGGUCUUGCCCACCAUCUGCAGUUUAAGUGAAAUACCCCUAAGAAAAUGGAGCUCUGGGGCUGCCGCCCGGUUCACCCAUAGCUUGGACCAGCUUGAUGAAAAGUCUAAGGAAGUAAAAGAAAUGGAGGUGGUGGGAGAAGAAGAGAAAAAGUUGGAGAGAUUGAUGAAAUUUUAUCUUGUUUUUAACCUGCAAUUCAGAAAUGUUUGACUUGGUGUCUUUCUUCAUAAUUUCUAUAUUCGGGGAAAAAAAAUCUCCAUUAUGUUCUGGCAAUCCCAAGAGAAGCAGUGAAUGCUAAAAGGAAAUAAUCGUUACCGAGGACUUCAGUGUUUGAAGGGCAUGACAUUAUAGUAGAAAAAAAAAAGUCCCUUUACUUGGGCUUGUGUAGAUUUCUAAAGGUGAAGUACCUAGUUCUUUAGAGUCUCUGAGAAAAGCUUGUGAACCUUGGAAGGCCAUUUGGUUGUUUUCCCAGCAAAGGGCCCUGGAGCUUGCCUGCACAAGUUUGUAUUUCCAAAUGAAAAUGCAAGACCCUUUUUUUUUCUAUUUUUUCUGUCUUUCCCUGCUGCCAGGAGUCCAGGACCCCUCGGUCUGGUCAAGCUGAAAGGCACCUGUGUGAGGCACCAUGGGCAGAUUUAAGCCCACAGCUGGAGUUUUCCAAACUAGUCUUGAAUUCCUGGGGAACCAGACCCCAAACCCUCAGGAUCAUUUGUGAUUGUUUGAAUUUUCUGUUCAUUUAGGUCUAAGUUUCAUCUCAAUCAAACAGGUCUCUAGUGGGAUAGCUCACCUGUCUUCCAACAUAGGCCCAGUGGGCUGUGGGCCUUGUUGAGCAGGAAAUAAGUUCUGAAUUUCCUAACUGUCUUGAAUCUCCAAAAAGAAUUUUUUCCAAGCUCAGCCCAGUUAACAGGACUCUGCCCCUCCUCUGGCAGACAGAACAAUCAGGCCUUUCAUCAGAAAGCUAGUCCUAUAAAUGAUCAUGCUCUAGCUAUGGAAGCUUCUAGCGAGGGCAACUGACCACAGUGUUUUAGAUUCACCUUGAGCACAUUUGUAUGGGUUUGAAAAUACAAGAUGCCAACAGCUUUGCGGAUAGUUUCAACUGUCUGAGCUGGACUGCCGGGCCUGACUUGGAGCUGGGUCAAUCUGUGGUCACUGGAUGAUAAGAUUUCUGAUCUACAGGCUUAGUGUCUGAGUAAAAGGUGGCUCCAGGAAAACGGUUGAACCUAAUUUCAUUUUGCCAUUGGUCCUUGGACCCUUGAAAUUCCAGAGCACCACGAAAUCUCAGGAAUGGGUAGCUUUCUGCCUCCAGCCCCAUUUUUUUCCCCCAAAUUCAAAAAAGAACAAAAAAUACUGACUAGUUAGAUCAUUCCAUUGCCAAAUAAAGGAUUAAAAAUAGUAAUUCUUGUCUUGCUCUUCUGACCGCCUUUCUCUAUGGGGAACAAAUGAGCAAGUUUUCAAACUUGUAUAAGAAAGUGAGGCCUUCACUUCCCUGGGUCAGUGUGACACACAUGGCUAAGCCAAGCUUUGGCAUUGCCACAAAAUAGCUUGCCUUGGUUAAAUCAGUCUGAUAGUGUAAGCAGAUUUCAAUGUCACUGCAUUGAAAUAGUCUACAUCAGCUUUCUUAUAUCCUCCUGCAGAAUUUUUCAGCUCUUUCAGAAACUGUAGACCAGGAGUUCCCCUCUUUUUUUUUCCACACCCACAACUCCAGUGAUAUCUGACUGUGUCUCCUACCCUGUUUUCAUUUUUGAUCUUAAGUCUGUUCUCCAUUCCCUCCUGGUCUACUUUAUCUUUGUGGUUAUUUCCAAGUCCUCUUUAUCACUCACCAUGCAAACCACCCCUAGAUCCAGGUCCAGCUCUCCUUUACUCCGUAACAUCUCCAGUCCCAAAUCCCCAAGCUUUCCUCCCACAGUCUUCCAGCCAUUUCCUGUCCCUCAAGGGGCUACAUCCACCCUAAUGCCCCCACCUCAUUUGGGGAAGCCCUAGCUAAAUACUUAUCUCCUCCCUCCCCAACCAACCCUAGCAUAAACACUGGCCUUCAAUCCUCAAAGAAGCUUUUCUAACCUCUUUUCUAACCUCUCAUUUCACCUCUCAUUUAGGAUUUAUGGCAAAUCUUUGAUGAUAAAUCACAAUGAGCUGUAAUUUUUCAAGCAUUUAAACCUAAAUUUCAUUCUCUCCAGGUUAUUUGAAAUGGUUUUGGAUUAGCAAGUGUAAGGAUUUCAGCUCUCUUGUGAACCCUGGCAGCUUCUCCAUUUUUCUCAUUGUCACCUUUAUUUCAUCAUUGAUAGGGAGCACCCAUUUUGAUGGAUGCAAAAAAGGCAAAUAUUUAGUUGCAGUUUUUAAACAACUAGCAGGUAUUAGGGGAGGAAAGAGAGAGGAAUAUUUUGGUUUCGCACACAGUGGUUUGUGAAGAUUCAAGGACAAGCAUUUGAUAAACUAAACAGAAACCCUUAAACCUUAAAAGGACAGGCAUUCAAUAUUGGGGGAAGACUGAGUUUCAGGCUUUCCAAACUGGUUGCUGUGGUAACUGCAGGUGUGGUAUUCUGCAUGUUCGUAACUUAAUACUGAUUCGGAUGAAUAAAGAGAUGUUGAAAUCUAA